AUGACUGCUGCAGUUGUGCUCUUUAAAAUGAAAACUUCUGGCCAUCGAGAACAUGAAUCAACUAAAACCAGAAGCGACUCACCACUAGAGAAAGGACCACAUAGAUCAGCAUGCAAGACGGUCCACGGACGUGAAGGCAUUUCUGUCAUG